AUGAAUUGUAUCAAUGGUAAAGAUAGAGUCAAUGAUCAACAAAAUAACAGAAGGUGCAAACAGAAUGUUACCGCAGCCAUAAGUUAUGCAGAUUAUCUACAACUUGAUAAACUUUUAGAUUCUCAGACAAUGUUAAGUAAGCAAAACGGUAGAGUUUCGUACGACGAGCAUCUCUUCAUAGUUACUCAUCAAGCUUACGAGUUGUGGUUCAAGCAGAUUUUAUUUGAAAUGGAUAUUGUUUGUAAAUUAUUAUCUGCUAACCUUUGGAAUAACGAGCACGAAAUGUUCAACAUCUUAAAGCGUUUAGGUAGGAUUUCAUCUAUUAUCAAGUUACUACUAGAACAUUUUGGAGUUUUGGAAACCAUGACUCCUUACGAUUUUGCUGAAUUUCGCGACUAUCUAAAACCAGCAUCAGGGUUCCAGAGUCUUCAAUUCCGAAUGAUUGAAAAUAAAUUAGGAUUAAAAAAGGAAAACCGUGUCAGUUGUUGUAAAUCGUACACUGACUGCUUUAGUGCUAAGAAAUAUGAUGAACUCGAACGCAUUUCGGCUGAACCCAGCUUAUUCACUUUAGUUUGUCAUUGGCUCGAAUCUACUCCUAUGUUAAAAGAUAAUAUUGUGUGGGACCAGUAUCGAAGAGCAGCGGAUCACUGGUUAGAAGGAUCCUCUGAGCCUGAUAUAUCUUGUCUGGAGAAACGUCGUAAUCUUAUGGACUCUGUGUUUAAAUGUGACCAGCACAAACGCCUAGUCGAACAGGGGAAUCGAACGUUUUCGCAUAUGGCUCUAAAGGGUGCCAUAAUAGUAUAUGCGUACAGACACGAAAAAGGGUAUACGUUGGCCAACAGAAUACUAGAAUCAUUGGUGGAUAUCGACACGCUUUUAUCAAAGUGGAGAUACAGUCAUUUCGUUAUGGUACACAAGAUGAUUGGAUCGUAUAGUUCCGGAACGGGUGGUACUACGGGUUCAGAAUAUUUAAGGUCUACAUUAUGUGAUUCAUACCGAAUAUUCAUUGACUUGAUCAAUCUACCAGCACUAAUAAUACCGGCUAUAUACAUCCCACCGUUAAUAAAAUCACAAGGUAAAUAA